AUGCGUGCGACAACCAGCAGCGUAGCCCUUUUGGCAUUGGCGGCCAACCUCGCUGCCGCCGUGCCCGUCAAGAAGCCCCGCUGGCAACAUCCAGUGCCCGAUGACUACCUUGUCUCUCUAGGCCCCCGUCCUUACUACCUCGUCCAGAAUAUGACGGACAGCCCUCUCAAGCAGCAGCUUGAGGCAUGCUACAAUAAACCCGUGGGUAUUCACGGUUGGAGCAUUGGCCAUCGCGGCGGUGGGACCCUACAAAUCCCAGAAGAGACAACGCAGUCCACCGAGGCCGGCGCGCGUAUGGGCGCCGGUGUCCUCGAAUGCGACGUCGCAUUCACCUCGGAUCUCGAGCUUGUCUGCAGGCACGAUAUCUGCGACUUGCACACGACGACCGACAUCCUCCUCCGACCCGAGUUGGCAGCGAAGUGCCGAGUCCCAUUCACACCGGCCAACGCAACAUCCCCAGCGAACGCUCUGUGCUGCACCGCCGACAUCACAUUGGCCGAGUAUGGAACUCUGUGCAGCAAGAUGGACGGCUUCAACCGAUCCGCCACCACGGUAGAAGCCUACCAACACGGCACCCCGUCGUUCCGAACCGACCUAUACAACACCUGCGGCCAAGUCAUGACGCUCGAGAGCUACAUCGACCUCGUGGACUCGCUGCCGGGCUACCGCAACUUCACGCCGGAGCUGAAGACCCCACCCAGCGCCGUCCCCAUGCCGUUCAAGGGCUACACCCAGGCCCAGUACGCACGGGACAUGAUCAACACGUUCGUGAAAAAGGGCAUCGCCGCCGAGCGCGUGUGGCCCCAGUCCUUCAACCCGGCCGACAUCUACCUCUGGCUGAACGAGUUCCCCCAGUGGGGCGCCCAGGCCGUCUACCUGGAUGAGGACGCCGACGUGGCCUCGAACUACACCGCCGCGGUGGCCAAGUUACCCGCCCUCAAGGCCUCGGGGGUCAACAUCAUCGCCCCGCCGUACAACUACCUGCUCUCUGUCGGCGGGCCCAACAAUGACUCGAUCGUGCCGUCCAUGUACGCCACGGCCGCGAAGGAAGCCGGCCUGGACAUCAUCGCUUGGUCGUUUGAGCGGUCGGGUCCGCUCGAUCUCGUUGAGGAGAAUGGCGACUACUACUGGUCGUCCGUCGCCCCGAUCGUCUCCUACGAUGGGCAAGUGUACGAGGCCCUGGACGUGCUGGGCCGCGAAAUCGGCAUCAUCGGCAUGUUUUCCGACUGGUCCGCCACCGUCAGCUACUAUGCCAACUGCUUCGAUCUGGCGGGGCCACAAGGGGGCAAGUACUAUUGA